CUCCAGCACAUCUUCUGCAACGUGCCCCCGCUGCUGCGGGCCGCCUGCAGCAACACGCGACCCAGCGAGGUGGCCCUCCACGCCGCCAGCAUCUUUGUGGGGCUCAGCCCCUUCCUGCUCGUUGUCAUCUCCUACCUCCGCAUCCUGGCCACCAUCCUGGGGAUGCCCAUGGCCACCAGCCCGCACAAGGCUUUCUCCACCUGCUCUGCCCACCUGCUCGUGGUCACCCUCUGCUUCGUGAUGGCCAACCUCAACUACAACCGGCCCAGCUACUUGCCGGCGGCCGACACGCUGGUGUCCGCACUGUACUGCAUCGUCACUCCCAUGCUGAACCCCCUCAUCUACAGCCUCCGCAACCAGGAGGUGCAGGGGGCCCUGAGGAAGGCUGUGCGGGGCUGGGGUGCACAGGGGUCCCUGGGGGGCAACGCAUGA